AUGGACCCUGAUAGAUUCCGCCAAGCCUUGCGGGACCUUUCUCCCCCUGGCGACUCAUUGACUGAGCUGGUUGAGGGCUGGAAUAUCCAGCUCCUGGCAGCCAUCGAUGAGAUCGCACCUAGGCGCCCUCUGCGACCCCGCAGAAACCGGGCUCCCUGGUUUACCGAGGAGCUCCAGAAAAUGAAGCGGGACCUCAGACGGCUAGAGCGAGUAUGGCGGGGUGCCCGUGACAGAGCCUCAAGAACAUCUUAUAG